GUGCGCGGAGGCCCGCUCCCGUUACUCAUUGAUGCGCAUGCGCAGGGCUUCAGCCUGCACGUACUCGGAUUGUGCAGCGACUCCCCGUGGCGGUUGAGGGGCAGUGGUGGCGGCGGAAGCCCAAGUCGAUGCUGAUGUUGAUGCUGGUGGCGGCUGUGACCAUGUGGCUCCGACCGCUGGUCACAGCUCAGCUCUGUCGGCUCUCAAAGAAUGGUCCCUGGACCAGCAGCAUCAAGAUCACCUGGAAUUUAUUAUAAUUGGUUAGAAAUGCAGUUCCCUGGACCUACUGAGUCGGGGACUUGGCAGUGGGACCCAGCAAACGGUGGUUUAUCAAGACCCCCCCCCCCCCGCAACCCCGGUGAUUCUGAUGCAUAUUCAAGAUUGAGCACCUCUGCUGUAAACUAUACCAUCCUUCCAGUCACCACACACUCCCUUAAGGAGCCCCGAAUACCUUGUUGCAGGACUUCAUAAUCUUCCUCAGCUGGGUUCUCGCACAGUGAGGACAGGAAAAGUGUUUAAUGUGAUACAGGAUGUUCAAGGGGACCGCCUGUAUUUUCAACCUACAACAACACGCUUGAUUAAACAUCCGUGCGAGAAAAAUAUAGCACUAUAUCUAGGGAAACAAGUUUUUUUCACAAUGGAUAACUUUGAGACUAGUCUCCUUCCAUUUACCAUCCCUACAUCAAUGCAGGUCGGCGUACCAGAAGUGACAUCAGCACAUUUUGCUGGUUCGUUAUUGCUGUUAGUAGUGGAUCAAAAAGUCUAUAUUUAUGAUUAUGAAAAUAAUUCUUGGAGCAUGUCUUUAGGUAUAAAACACCCUGUUACACAUGUCUCUGGUGAUAAUUGUUGUUAUACUGGAAGUUUGUUUUGUGUGCAUGUCAGUAAUUUGGUUUUUGCAUAUUUCCGUGGAGAUCAGAUAUCCCAGACUCAUAUAUAUUAUUCAAAUACUGGGGGAUUCAGUUUUUGGAAGUAUCACUAUGACAGACAGGCAGAAAUCAUUGGGUCUUUAGGCGGAAUCUUCCACUUUUUUUCUUUGUCACAGGUUGCGAUGCUUGUAGUGAAUCAAGGGAAGGGCAUGUUCAAGUACUCAGACCACCCCCUCAACCGGAGUUUCGGGCUGUCUUUUGACUAUAAUGGGACUCUCGACAUCCUCAUCGCCCCCGGCCAGAGAGGCAUCCUGCUCCUAUGGUUUGAGAACAGCCUGUUGUUUUCCCAUAAUGCAGGUCAGCUCGUCGACACCGUCCGGGUGAAAAAAGGAGACCAGACCUUGUUUUCUUCCAUUUUUGAAGCCAACAUCACCAUCCACAGCAUUGCUGUCACUGAAAACGAACUGGCAGUUAUAACUCGGGAGGAUAAUUUGUAUUAUGGCAAUCUGGGCAUCGUGCCAAGUUCCAUAAUCAAAUUUGCAGACCAAUACAUCUGGUCAGAAGAGGUGGCCCUGAUGUUCAGGAACCCAGGGACUCUGGAAAUACUGACCCCAGUGCGUGACACAGCCUUUCCAGCUUUUGAUUUCCAGAAGUGCCUCGUGAAUAUCCAGGCGCUUCUCAUGGACCCUGAACUCCACGUUGGGAAGUGCAAGAUAGAGGUUCUGACAGGAGAAUUUAUAUACAGGAUGUAUACCAUUGACAUGCACAGCCAGCUGGAAUUGACUGCUUCGUUGAUACCCCAGCCAGGCACAUCCCUGAUUCCCCUGGUGAUGGUAAGCAACCCCCACUCCCUGGGGUUCCAGGCCACCUUCUACGAGAACGGUUACACAUCAGAUGGGAACACCAAGUACAAACUGGAUAUUUUCCUAAAACAGCAGCAGCACUGGGGCAGGACCGACUCCAACUUCACUUCCAGUUUAAAGAGAGCCACCAUGUCUACCUUAACUGUGGACAUAGCAAACAAGGAAAUUUCAUGUGUGGAUAUCAAGCCACUGUCGACACUGAUUUCAGUUGGCUGCGACCUGGAUAAAAAGAUCGUCAUCCAGAACAAAGUUACCGCCUGUUCCAUGGGCAUCCUGGACCCCUUGGCCCUGCAAGACAAUUACAGCUUCAUCAUUGAGAAGGAAUUCUACCACCCCGGCUUCCAGGGGCAGCAGUCCUCCGAGGACCUGCACGUGUUUUACUCCUACCAGCAGCUGGGCUGUCCUCUCCUCGUCUACUAUGACACCCUAUGGAAGCCCGUCGUGGAGCUGUGGCGAAAAGACAGUUUCCAGGAGGUCAUCGAUGCCGAGUAUGUGUUACUGGAGGUGAACGGGCAGUUCUCAUACUCCUAUUCCCUGACGGCCCAGUCGGCCAUGUGCACCUCCCAGCCGCAGAACUGGACCACCAUGAUAAAGGAAUUCGGGGGGCCCUUCUUCUGGAACAGAGAGAACUAUGUGAGCUGCCACGACCCCAACAACAAUGCUCCUUUGAGGUGGCCAGACGUCCAGUAUCAGAUCUUGGGCGGCCAGACAGCAAACCAGAUCAUUUUCGGCCACAAUGGCUUUUAUGUCUUCUACAUUUCGAUCGUGGAUCCGUACUACAGCUACUGUCAACUGGAGACCAUCUUUAGCAUCUACGUGUAUGGAGCAUUCCCCGUGCAGCUGGUCUCUGCUGGAGUCGUCAUCCUACUGAUCAUCUCCAGCAUCCUGGGGUCCGUUUGGCUAGCCUACAAGACCCCCAAGCUGCUACGCACAGCACGCGGCCGCAGGAUCAAGAAGUGUGCGACACAGCUGUGUAGGAGAUGCAAGACGGUCUGCCAGUUCAGGGCCUCAGCCACAGCCAGGGCAGGCACAGAGCCCCCGGGACGCCACCGCACUCCUCACGGAGGCAGGUCUGACCACUGAGGCCGGUCCACAGGGUCCCAACCCCUCGUCUUCAAAUAAAGUAUAAUGUAACAUAGCA